CUGCUAAAGGGAAGUAACAACCUUACAUCUAAAAUUUUAAUUUAUCAUAAUUGUUUCGACUAAAUCUUUAAUUCCCUAAAGGAAUGGGUGGAGAGUGUUCAAUAUAUCUGGGGGGCGUGAAUAUUGAAAUGAUUUCCAAAACAAAUCGAAAGAAGGGAAGUCCCUGAUAUCACCUUUGAAUAUGGCAAUGGCCACAGGCACACCAGCUAAUUUACACACUUCCUUCAAGCCCCGGAAAUUUAAUACCUCUGUCAACUUCCUCUCGCUCAAUAAAUCCAGGCAUCGAAUUCAACCAUGCAGGGCUUCCUGGCAAGAGCUUGCUGGGGUUUUGAUAUUCUCUGCAAUUCCCUUUACUGCAGUGAAGGCAAUUGCGAACAGUCCGUUGGGAGCGCAAUUACAGGACAGAAUGCAACAGACCAAGUUGUCGGCCAUCAAGGAAGCUCCUCAGAGAGAAGCUGCCUUGAGCAGAGCUAGAAAUGACAGUGUAUGGUAUGGCAAAGAUCGGCCUUGCUGGCUGGGGAUCAUCCCUUAUGAAUAUCCAGAUUAUCUUACUGGUGAAGCACCUGGUGAUUAUGGCUUUGACAUAGCAGGUCUGAGCAAGGACCAAACAAAUUUUGAUAAAUAUUUCAAUUUUGAAGUGCUUCAUGCUCGGUGGGCCAUGCUUGCAGCAUUGGGUGUUGUCAUUCCUGAAUUGCUGGAUCUUUUUGGAGCUGUGGAUUUCAUUGAGCCUGUCUGGUGGCGUGUCGGUUAUGCAAAGCUCAAGGGUGAUACUCUAGAUUACCUUGGAAUACCAGGAUUGCAUAUUGCUGGAGCGCAAGGAGUUUUAGUCAUUGCAGUUUGUCAAUUUCUUCUCAUGGUUGGCCCUGAGUAUGCAAGGUACUGUGGAAUUGAAGCUUUAGAACCACUGGGCAUCUAUUUACCAGGAGAUGAAAAUUAUCCAGGGGGAAUAUUGUUUGACCCCUUAGGUCUAUCAAACGAUCCUAUUGCCUUUGAGGAAUUGAAGGUGAAAGAAAUAAAGAAUGGACGUCUAGCCAUGGUGGCUUGGCUAGGUUUCUAUGCACAAGCCGCCCUCACAGGAAAAGGGCCUAUAGAAAAUUUACGGGAUCACAUAAAUGAUCCCGUUCAUAAUAAUGUGGCAACUUGUAUGAGCAGCAUUUUGUCAAAGGUGCAUUAGUUAUCGGUAUUUUACAUUCUGUAUAAAAAAUUUGAAGCUAAUAAUAUUUUGUGUUAGAAGGCUUCUCCCUUUAGUGUUGGAUUUUCCAGUAAGCAGCAUUUUUCAAAGGUGCGGUACUUAAUAUUUUAUGUUCUAUAUAAAAGUUUAAGUUGAAAGUUGAAGCUAAUGAUAUUGUGUUAAAAGGAGUGUUCCUUUUUUUAAGGAUUGGAUCUUCUAAUAAGCAGCAUUUGUCAGACGUCUA